GCUGCCUCCGCCUCCCCCGCCGCGGCCGAGCCCCGCUCCCCAUGACUCCCCCCGGCCAGCCGCUGCCCCGGUGCGGAUAGGGCGGAGGCGGGAGCGGCUCCCGUCCCUUCUCCUGCCCCCUUCCCGAGCUGUCGCCGAGCCCCUCUCCCCGCGGCGGGCCUCUGCCCUCCCGCCGCCUCCAGCCAUGACUUCCCUGACCCAGCGCAGCUCCGGCCUGGUGCAGCGCCGGACCGAGGCCUCCCGCAGCGCCGCCGCCGACAAGGAGCGGGGAGCGGGGGGCGGCCCGGAGGAUGAAGGCCGCCGGGACGAGUCCGGCGACGACGAGAAGGGCGACUCCAAGGAAACGCGGCUCACCCUCAUGGAGGAGGUGCUGCUCCUGGGCCUCAAGGACCGUGAGGGUUACACAUCGUUCUGGAAUGAUUGCAUCUCCUCAGGAUUGCGUGGCUGUAUGUUAAUUGAAUUGGCAUUGCGAGGGCGCCUUCAGCUAGAGGCUUGUGGAAUGAGGCGCAAAAGUCUAUUAACAAGAAAGGUGAUUUGCAAGUCAGAUGCUCCUACAGGGGACGUUCUGCUUGAUGAAGCUCUGAAACACAUAAAAGAGACCCAGCCUCCUGAAACAGUACAAAAUUGGAUUGAACUGCUUAGUGGUGAAACAUGGAACCCACUGAAGUUGCACUACCAACUACGAAAUGUCCGUGAACGGUUAGCUAAAAAUCUAGUGGAAAAAGGUGUACUGACAACAGAGAAACAGAACUUCCUUCUUUUUGACAUGACUACUCACCCUCUCACCAACAACAAUAUCAAACAGCGCCUCAUCAAGAAGGUUCAAGAAGCAGUUCUUGACAAAUGGGUGAAUGACCCUCACCGCAUGGACAAGCGCUUGCUGGCACUCGUUUAUUUAGCCCAUGCUUCAGAUGUUCUGGAGAACGCUUUUGCCCCUCUUUUGGAUGAGCAGUAUGAUUUAGCCACAAAGAGAGUGCGGCAGCUUCUGGAUUUAGACCCUGAGGUUGAAUGUAUGAAAGCCAACACGAAUGAGGUUCUGUGGGCUGUUGUAGCAGCUUUCACAAAAUAACUGCAUUCAGACUGAAGUGUUCUCUCUUCUUUCAUGUGAACCAGUUGUUUCUCUUCUAUUGACUAUUCAUGUUUUCUGUAAUUUGUACCUUCUCACAUGAUGAAUCAGCUCUUGUUUAAUGGGAAUUAUAAGUGGUGUAUUCCCUCCUCCUCUGUGUAUCUGUAUACAGGAUUCUGCUGGUACAAGAGACCUUCCUGUUUAAAAACAACAGAAAAAGGUUUUACUGCCAUAUUGGCAUUCCAUUUCCUGUUCAGUUUGAGUUAUCUGAAAUACUUUGUUUAAUCUAUUUUUCAUCUUACUGUUAUUGAAGAGGUUUAACGUGGAAAGCACCUCAAGGAGGAAAUGUGCAUGCAGUUGGAUCACUAGUCUCAGCUGACACAGAUGUGUGCAUGCAUCAGUACUUCUGCAGUACAAUUCAUACCAGAUUAAAAAGGGCCUUUUUAAAUCACCAAAGCUCCGUGUUGAAGUGUCUGUCAGGACAUUUUAUACACAGAUGUUGUUUCAGUUAUAUCUAACAAAAUUACUUUAAAAGCAGAAAUGCCAUUAAGCAGCUUUGUCAAUAGUUCCUGUAAAAUGCUCCAUAAAUUUUACUUUACAUGCAAGUCUCUUUUGUACUUAUAUUUUCAUUAGAACGAUAGCUGAGUCAUAAGGCUAGUAUAGAAAGGUCCAAUUGUUUCAUAAACCGGUUUUGGGAUGGGAUACAUUCCAUUGUAUAUAUAGUUCAAAUUGUAUAUUAACUGCCCCAUCUUAGUAUUUUGCAAGAUCUACUUAGUUGUACACCUGGUGCCCCUUAUUUGCUGUCAGCCAUUGCCAUUCGAUGGAAAGAAAGGCCUCCUGUAAAGAGCAUGUGUGUGAAAGCUGUUUGUUUCCAGUGUCUACAGAGUUUGCCAUCCGGGUAUUCUAAGUCUAUGCAUUGCCUUUGAUAAUUAGUGUACGGAAAGAGACCACUUUCUAUCAUUGUUUGUACUUUCCACCCCCUCCCAGCCCACUGUAUGGAAGAGGCUUGUGACCAGUACAAUUCUUGAGUGCAGUUUAUAAUUUUGUACACAAAUUAAUGUUUGUCUCUUAAACCUCAUAAUCUGUUUUACACUUUAAAAACAAAGUCAGUCCUAGCAGGUGUAGCAUGUAAACAGUUAGCAAGUAAUGACUGCAGUUCAGACGAUUAAGAUUUCUGUAAUGGGACGCUCUGCUAUAUUUUAAUUUUUUAUAUACAAAUAUGCUGAUUAGCACACUAUUGUAAAAAAAAAUAUAAAACUUUGGCUUUUUAAAAUUUAUUGCCUCUUUGCCACUGCUUGUUAUCUACCAUUCGUUUCACAGUGUAAAUAUUAUGCAUUGAAAAAAUUAAGCAUUGAUUUGUAUUGUUUUUUUCCUCAUAACAAUGCAGAUUUAUAGUGGGGCUUACAGGUGUUUAGAAACUUUUUUUGGUUAAUAUUCAGAGCAAGAAUACUAGAUGGUGUAUAACUGUAGGGGAUCCCUUAAUCUGUAUACUAGCUUUUUACCUACAGUAAAUAAACUAUGAUCUUGAAAGUG